AUGGUAAAAGAAAUCGUGGCUGAUUUUAUUAUUGUUGGUGGAGGUACAGCUGGAUGUGUUUUAGCUACCCGAUUAGCUGAACAUGGUUUUGAAAUUCUUCUAAUAUCCAGCGGAUCAAAUGACACAUUAAAUCCCCUGAUGAAUCACGAAGAAGAGUUCGUUCGUUUACAGCGUACUCCGCUUUUCAAACAUUACCUCCCGACGAAAUCAUCACCAAAUCUCAAUAACCGGACUGUGGGUCUCACAGUAUGGAAUACGCUUGGAGGAAAUAGUAUUAACAGUGGUGGAAUGGUACGCAUGAUGGCCAACGAUUGGAAUGCAUUUGUCAAUGCAACAGGUGACCCAACCUUUCACUAUGACAAUAUGGCUAGAUAUUAUAAGAUGUCUGAAAAUUUUACAUCAGCAGGAUUAUCCCAAACUUCGAACAUUCAUGGUAACAAUGGUCCAAUAAAAAUAACUCAAGGUCAUGAUGCUAUAUUUAAAAAUGUAUGGAAAAAUGUGGCUGAUGAGCUCAACGAAAUAUUUAGCGAGGAUUUUGCAGGCACAAUUGAUCAUGGCUUGUCAUUUGAAGCCGCAUCGUUCACCGAUGGAUUGAGAAGUUGGAGUGGUAAGGACUAUUUGAUACCUGCAAUGAUGAAAUAUCCAAAUCUAAAAGUUAUGACAAAUGCUGUUGCAACUAAGUUCAACUUGAAUGAAAUAACAAAGCACAUCGAAAAUGUUUUGUUUGUAUCCUCAAAUGGGUUCUUUUGUGGUAUUGCUAGAAGAGAUUAUAUUUUGUCUGCUGGUACAUUUCUCAGUCCUCAUCUUCUUAUGUUAUCGGGUAUUGGUGAUCCAGAUAUUCUUCGACAGCAUCAAGUACCAAUAAAACAUGAAUUAAAACAUGUAGGCAAACAUUUAAUGGAUAAUGGUGUACUACUUGUUCGAUAUAAAGUAGAAAAUCUCCCUAUCUAUAAAUCAAAACCUGUUGGUUUAGUUAAUCUUCAAUCACGCACAACAAGUACCAAUCCAAACAUGUUUUUUAUCUUAAAAAUGGAUCAAAGAACAAAAUAUGUCAGUAUAUACAUAUUGAAUGCUUUGCCGAAAUCUCCAACAGGUUCGAUUUCAUUGCACAAGACUAGUCUACUAGCGCCACCAGAAAUAACAUUGAAUUAUUUGGAAGAUAAGAAAGAUCUGGAAACAUUUAUCGAUAGCAUUCACUAUGUAAGGAAAAUGAUGGCAACUGAUACGCUGAAAGAAUUCGGUCCCAUCGUCGAGAUCUUACCAGGACUUGAAAAUAUGGACUUGGCAAAGUAUGUUAGAGAUACAUUACUUCCAGCUCCCCAUUUCGUCGGUACAUGUAGCAUGGGACGAAAUGCUCAAGAUUCUGUAGUUAAUAAUCAAUUUAAAGUUCAUGGAAUAAACAAUCUUAGAAUUGUGGAUGCAUCCAUUUUCCCUGCGGGUCUUGCAUCAAAAAUGGGGCCUUGUUUGACCGUCUACGCUCUAGCAGAAAAGGCAGCAGAUCUAUUAUGCAAUGAACAUAUCUAA